UGCACCAUUUUUUUAAGUGAGGAAUGACUACGCAAGUAGCGACAUUUUACUACAUUUAAGUUGAUGAACAGACGAGCUUCUGUGUUUCAGUUUGAUUGCUUGCAAUCUACUAUGCCACGCCUCCUUAGAUGCAUUCCACACUUGGUGUACUCGCAUAGGGUAUUGAAAACGAGGAGAGGAUGAGAGCCAACAAAGGCGACAACUCAAACGACGACAAGAACGACGUCCGAGCGAUACCGAUAAGCGGGUGAUUAACAAUUACUCGAUCAAAAGUACCGACGCUGUGGGAGCGAGAUGGCGCUCCGAAGCUAUGCUCGUCGUACCCACUGGAGGUUGUAUGUUAUGGAGUGCCGUCCGGGUAGCUGUUAGCAAUGUGUUUAAUAAGCCCGGAGUGUUUUGAUUUAUAUGACUGGUGGAUCGGCGAUUGGGUUGCAGUCUACAACGUCAACCGACGACCGACGAGCGACGAGCGACGAGCGACGACGACCAAAGAUUCCCCCGAGUGCCGGCUGCUUGUCUAUAUCAAAUACGAAUACGAAUUGAAAUUUUGGGAAUUGGAAUUGGAAAUUUGUAGAGCGCCUCGAGUGGCAGGUGAGAGGCAGGAGAAGGGAGGGGAGUAGAGGGGAGGGGAGGGGAGACGAGUGGUUGGUAGCGGUGUGAAGACCUUAUCGAUGAUAGUAGCUCAUUCAUUAUCUAUGUACACUCGUAUCUACAUACAGCCGCUAUAUUAUUGUUAAUAUAGAUAUCUUACCCAUUAGCACAACAUUACGAGUAUAUGUAUAUGUACAAUCUAUUAUAUUCUGUGAAAUCAGAUUUAGUACAAUUUAUUGAGCCCUGCGUCGAACCAGCAAUUAGUUCACCGUCUGCGCCCGUCGAAGUCGCGUCGUCACUUCACUCCGAAGUUCUUUAGAGCACAUUAGCGUAACGAAUGUUGCCCGGCACCGUCUUGGGAUCGCCGCGUGAUCAAUCCGCCACCAAUAUGGAUAACAACAACACGAUUAAAGCCAACAAAUCUUCAUUCUCCAUUGACAACAUAUUGGACCACAAAUCGCAAGUUCAAUCCGAUCCCAAGAGACAAACACAGUCACAGUCGCAGUCGAGUCCUGUCAUGAGCAGCUCUUCUCCAUCCCUGGGCACAGCCUCUACGGCCUUUGCCGCCUCCUCAUCCGCCUCGCCAUCCAUCUAUGAUUUAUCCCGCGAGGCGAUGGCCGCACAAUAUGCUCUCAAGAAUCUGGAGCCCAGCUCGGGAACUUUGCUGUCACCCACCACGCUGCGCUUCAAUCCAAUCUACUCAGAUCCCGCCUCGUUAUUUUAUCAGCAAAUGCUGAAUCUGCAGAAGAAUUCUUCGCUCUUCAUGCCACACUUCCAAGCUGCUGCUGUGGCAGCUGCGGCGGCUGCGCAGCCAUCUGCAUAUUGUGAUCAGUACAGUCCGUUCAUCGAUUGUGAAGGUUUCAGCAACCCAGCAACAGCUGCUGCGGCACUUUACUGCAAUGCAGCUUAUCCGGCGGCCAGUUUCUACAUGUCAAACUUUGGGGUGAAGCGCAAAGGAGGCCAAAUUCGGUUCACAUCGCAACAGACGAAAAAUCUCGAGAAUCGUUUCUCCAGCUCAAAGUAUCUGUCGCCGGAGGAGCGUCGCCAUCUGGCGCUGCAGCUAAAGUUAACCGAUCGUCAGGUGAAGACAUGGUUUCAGAAUCGACGCGCCAAAUGGCGGAGAGCCAAUCAAACCAAACGCAAUGGGGGCAAUGGGGGCAAUACCUCAGCCACGCCCAGCUCCAAUGGGGCAGGCAGCAUACAGACUGGCCGCAACAUGCAGCAGCAGCAACAACAACAGCAACAAGCGGCGCAUAGCGAUGAUGAGGAUCGCAUGUAUUUGUCGGAGGAUGACGAGGAUGAUGAUGAGGAUGACGAGGCUGAGCGGUCGGAGCAGCCAGUCAUAAGUUAG